AUGCCGCCGAAGAGAAAUGUAUAGAACAAUCAAAACAUCUAAAAUUUCUUUAGUAAUGGAAAUAAGAAGGAGAGGAAGGAGAUAAAAGAAAAACAAAAAUAAUUUAUUAAGUGUCCUUUGAUAGGAUCAGUAGGUUUUCAAUUAAGAAGGGUGUUAUAAAAAUACCGAAAUGAGAUAAUGAAGGAGUUUAAUUUUGGAUAAUUGAUGCAGUAGUUAUCAAAAAUCCAAAAUUUGGAUUCGAUUGGAAAUAUGUUAAGUUCAAUUUUGUAUUUGAAUAUCACAAAAAUGUCUGAUAUUUGGAGUGAUGUUUACACUCCAGAUCAUAUUGAUGAUUUGAUUAGUCAAGAAAAUACGUAAUUUCUUAAACAUUGGUUGAAGAAUUCCUUUUCUAUGUUGGCCUAAGAUUAAGUAGAUUAAUCAGAGUCAUGGUAUUCGUAGUCGAAUUCAAUGAACAAUUAAAAUUGGAAUUAUCAGAUGUUAAAUAUCCAUGGGGCGAGUGGAAAGAUGAGUACAAUUUUGGCGAUUGCGAGAGCAUACAAAAUUGAUGUUCUCUUGACUUACAAUUACACAGAGAAGAGGGAAUUCGAGGAGAUGUUUGCAAGUCAGCACAUCAAAUUUACUUAAGAAUAGGGAGAUGCUGAAUUUGGCAACAAGAAGAAGAUAAUAGUUCACAGAGGGACUCUUCCAAAAUUCAUCAAUUCCAAAAUGCUAUAGAUUCAGCGAGUGCCCUUUAUAUGGAUUACAGACUGUUAGUAGAAUCACGAACUAUUCGAUAACUUUGAACUAGUGCAAUAUUCUCAUGAUGAAAUAGUCAAAUACAUUUAUAUCAUAUUGUUAAUUGAACAAACUUACAAAGGAUAAUUGAACCUCAUUAAUGUGGAGUUAAAAAAGAAAGUGAUCUAUGAAAACAUCAAAGAGCAAGGGGGAUUUUUUGUCAACUUUGCAAUUCAGAAACCUACUCUAAAGAUUCAGGAAAUAGAGAUCAAUUUCCAUUACUCAGAUAUUUUCAUACUUACCUUAUUUAUGAAAGGUAAUAUGAGGAACAUACUGAAUUGGUUGUAAUUUCAUCAAGAUGAUCAGAAUGUUCACUAAUAAAUCGCAGAUUUAAGGUUGUCCAAUGCUCAAUUGCCCUAUAUGCUAAAAAAUCAAUUGCCCUUAUUCAAAACCGUUGAGAAUAUUUCCUAGUUAAACGAACAAGCAUGGUCCUGGUAUGAAGAACAGUGUGUGAAUUUGGUCGAUGAUAUGGUACUGAGAAGACAGAAGUUAUUUAUUGAAUCUUAUGGUAGGAGAAUAAUCAAUAGCAAAAAUCACCUAUUUUUAAUCAAUUAAGUUCUGAAGAUCAAUGCUUUUAGUGUGCAAACAUUAGCCUAAAACACCAGAUUAAGAAGGUUGAAUAAGGAACCUUAAGACUUUUAUAAACCCUUAUAAUAACUAUUUGAACAGGAUGAACAAUAUGAGAUGUUUAAGUAAUUUGAUAAAUUUUCAGAGUUUUUAAAAAGUUGA